AUGGUCACUUUCCACCUCACGUUCCAGCAAGCGCAGUUGGCCAUUAACAAUGAGAUCAUCUCACGACUGGCAAAUAUUAGCAAAGGCGUUCCGGGAAGACAGGAACCCAUCGCUAGGCAUCUCUACAGAGCGGCGAGGUGUCAAUGUCUCAGUCCAAUUCCACUAAACAUCCUUGACGAAUACCAGAUUGCUUUGGAUAAGGAAGGGUUCAUUACUCGGCGACUUGUGCAGCCUAGGCCCAAGCCCAAGCCGCAAGUCCCAGAACAGAACCAUCAGCCCCCUACGGUCUCCGGUGACCAGGAAAUAGACAUAGAUGCUAUGUCUAUGGGUGUGACGAAUGAGCCAUCUCUCAAUCCCGCGGUCGUCCCUGAAAGGAAUCAAACUCCCGACCUACAGCCAACUCAUACCAAGAAGGAAGGUUGA